GAGUAACCCCGUGGGAUGACCUUUGACACGUCAAAAUGGUGUCCAUGAGGUAGUGACGUAUUUCUCCGACAUUUUCCAACUUCUCCGUCGAUUUAAGCGUUCUGUAAAGACAAAUUCUUCACAUGUGUUCCUCUAAUAGAAUAUUAACUGAACGUAGAAUCUUCUGACAACAAUUUGGACGAUCUAAUAGCCAUUUAGGUGCCGUAAAGUCGACCAGAAAAAUUGUGGGGCGACCGGACAAUUUUAUUCCAAGAUGGCCGACCCGGAAUUGUUGUUGGACCCAGCCAUACGAAUCUGGGUGUUCAUCCCGAUUGUCGUCAUCACAUUCCUCGUGGGCCUUAUCAGACACAAUGUCAGCCUUCUGUUGCAGUCAGACAAGAAAGUGGAGCUGCAGCAGGUUGCAGACAGCCAGGCUCUCAUCAGGAGCCGGUUACUGAGGGAGCAUGGGAAAUACGUCCCGCGUCAGUCCUUCCUCAUGAGAAAACAGUUCUUCAACGAGGAAGAGAGUGGCUACUUCAAGAAGCAGAAGCGGAAACCAGUGAUGAAGAACCCCAUGACGGACCCCACCAUGAUGACAGACAUGUUGAAGGGAAACCUGACCAGUGUUCUCCCCAUGAUUGUCAUCGGAGGAUGGAUCAACUGGGCAUUCUCUGGAUUCCUCACAACAAAGGUUCCCUUCCCCCUGACCCUGCGGUUCAAGCCCAUGCUGCAGAGGGGCGUCGAUCUGCCGUCGCUGGACGCCUCCUGGGUCAGCUCGGUGUCUUGGUACUUCCUGAACGUGUUCGGGCUGCGCAGCUUCUACACACUCAUCCUGGGAGAGAACAACGCUGCCGACACCUCGCGGGUCAUGCAGGAGCAGAUGUCUGGUGCUGCCAUGGCGAUGCCCCCUGACCCCAACAAGGCCUUUAAGGCAGAGUGGGAGGCCCUGGAGGUGACUGAUCACCAGUGGGCACUGGAGAACGUGGAGGAUGAGCUCAUUAGGGGGUCCAGCCUGCCACCGGAGGAGAUCUUCAUCAAGGAUAAAUUUGCAUAAAUUAUGUUGUACAACCCCAGAGGAGCUCAUCAGGGGAUCCAGCCUGCCACCGGAGGAGAUCUUCAUCAAGGAUAAAUUUGCAUAAAUUAUGUUGUACAACCCCAGAGGAGCUCAUCAGGGGAUCCAGCCUGCCACCAGAGGAGAUCUUCAUCAAGGAUAAAUUUGCAUAAAUUAUGUUGUACAACCCCAGAGGAGCUCAUCAGGGGAUCCAACCUGCCAACAGAGGAGAUCUUCAUCAUGGAUAAAUUUGCAUAAAUUAUGUUAAACAACCCUAGAGGAGCUCAUCAGGGGAUCCAACCUGCCACCGGAGGAGAUCUUCAUCAAGGAUAACUUUGCAUAAAUUAUGUUUAACAACCCUAGAGGAGCUUAUCAGGGGAUCCAACCUGCCACUGGAGAUCUUCAUCAAGGAUAAUUUUGCAUGAAUUAUGUUGUAAAACCCCAGAUCCAACCUGCCACUGGAGGAGAUCUUCAUCAAGGAUAAAUUUGCAUAAAUUAUGUUGAACAACCCCAGAGGAGCUCAUCAGGGGAUCCAGCCUGCCACCGGAGGAGAUCUUCAUCAAGGAUAAAUUUGCAUAAAUUAUGUUAAAGAUCCCCAGAGGAGCUCAUCAGGGGAUCCAACCUGUCACCCGAGAUCUUCAUCAAGGAUAAAGUUGCAUAAAAUAUGUGUAGCCCCAGAUAACUUGACCCCAUCCUUCAUGGUGAAUAUGAUUGAAUUUUUUUGUCCCUUCAUGCGUACAGUCUGUGGUCGUGAAUAUAGAGAGUCUUUUUUACACAACCACAACUUUAAGUUCAAUGUUUCAGUGACCAUCUGUCACCUUCCUCAAGGUAAUUCUGGCUAGUUCACAAGAAUUGCCCUGAGGACCAAAACAUUGGUGAAAGUAAAGUGGUGGUUGUGUAAAAAGAGUCUCUUUAUUCCAUAACAUACCAACCUGAUGAAACUACUCACAGAGUCUGUAGUAGUCUUCUAGAAUAAAAAUUAUCCCAUUUUGAAGAAGUUAUCCAUAAGAAUUUUAAAAAGUAUUUAGGCAAGGGAGAAAAGAAAAUUAUAUCAUAUUUCACGAAUAAGUGUAGAACCAAAAAAGGAAGUCACAGAAAAGCAAGAGUGAAAGUAAACAAAGAAUUUGUUUGUCUUGCAUUGUCUGUUGUUUAAAGAAUGUUCAGUGCAGUGAAUAUAUUUCUGCACUCUCAGUAAUGGAUUUAGGUAGAAUGGAAAGAACGUUUAAGAAAUGACUUGUGAAGACAUGUUUGUUUGUUUGAACCUUUAUUUAUUCAUGAAAACUCAAGUCGACCUGCAGGUCGCUUUUCUUUGAGGUCAUGAGGGAAGAGGUGUUCAGUGGUGCUCAGUUAUUAGGCCACACCAAUUCUAUUUGUCGUUUCUCGGAUUUGCCUGUCCAUUUUUUUUCAUUUUCAAAAAAAAUCAAGUCCUGAGAGUCAGUGAAUGAGUGAGAAAAAUAAUGCAUGUUUUGCUUACAAGCCUGUAAAUAUUGCCAUUCAGAGCCUCAUACACAUAAUACAGUCUAACGGCAAUGCCUUUUAUUUAUAACAUUAGUAACAAAUCAAAAGAAGGGAUUCAUUGCAUAAAAUGUGCCAUGAAACUCCUCAGGCUGUUGUAUUUUUUGUGUUAUUAAAGCCGUAUAUCUUCACCCCAGGACUUUUGAUACAUAUUUUUUAUUGUUUUUAGACCAGUCAGAAAAAAUUCGAGAAGCAACAAAUAAAUUUGGUGUGGCCUCAUAUUCAUAGGUGUAUAACAGGAACAAUGUGCAAGGAUACUGUAAAUGCAUUUAAGUUCACGGGUUUAAUUUCGCAGUAGCGGGAAAAAGGACUUUUCGCUGUGGUUUUAAGUUUGCGGUAGCACCAUGCACUGUUGUCUCUUAUUGCCAUGGAAAAAUGUUCGAGGUGGUUAUAAGUUCGCAGUUAAGCAGCCACCACGAAAAUCGCGAACAUUAAAAUACCAUGAAAGUUUCUACAUUUACAGUAUACAAUUGUAGCAGUUGAGUUCUACAUGUUGUAAUAACUCGAUAUGUCUAUGGUGCAGUACAAACAUACAUGUAAGUUCUACUAUGAUGAAAAGACUUGAUUGUUAUAUUACCAUGUUGUAAUUCCAUCUGUAUUGCACACUUCACAACAAUAUCAGUUGUAUGGCAAUAAAUCACAAAUUAAA